AUGGUUCGUUGCAGUAACAGCCUCGUAGGCAUACUCAACUUCUUCGUCUUCCUCUUGUCCAUUCCCAUUCUCUCCAGCGGAAUCUGGCUCAGCCUUAAUGGCCACACGCAGUGCGAGAGGUUCUUCGACAAACCCAUGAUCGCUCUCGGCGCUUUUCUCAUGGUUGUCGCACUCGCAGGAGUCAUAGGAUCUUGCUGUAGAGUUUCGUGGCUCCUAUGGUUUUACCUUUGCGUGAUGCUCUUGUCAAUCAUCGUGGUCCUUUGUUUCACCAUCUUCGCCUUUGUCGUCACCAAUAAAGGCUCUGGCGAAACCAUCCCCGGAAAGGUUUAUAAGGAGUAUAGACUCGGUGACUACUCUGAGUGGUUGCAGAAGCGUGUUAACGACAAUCAUCAUUGGAAAAACAUUAGAAGCUGUCUUUACGAGGACAAGUUCUGUAAUCGCUUGGAGUUCUUCUCAGCUGGUAGAUUUCAUAAUGCUUCUGAAUUCUCCAAGAUUGAUCUCAAUUCUCUUGAGUCUGGCUGCUGCAAGCCCUCUAAUGACUGUAACUUCACCUACAUAAGCCCAACAACUUGGAACAAGACAUCAGGAACAUAUAAAAACCCAGAUUGCAACACUUGGGACAGCGAUAACAAAAAGCUCUGCUACGAUUGCCAAUCAUGCAAGGCCGGUUUUAUCGACAACCUCAAGACCUCAUGGAAACUAGUUGCUAUUGUCAACAUCGUCUUCCUUGUAGUCCUCAUUAUCGUCUACGCUAUGGCAUGUUGCGCCGUCAAGAACAACAAGGAUGACAACAGUUAUGCGCAGUUCUAAAGAGUGGG